AUGGUGAUGGGCAAGCAUUUAUUUGUCAAGAGUGCUCGUCACGGUCUGCGACUGAGUCAAAGCCGGAUGCGUGUCCCUCUCGGUGUAGUAAACGAUCCUCUCGGGCAAGCAGCGAUCCGGCGCGGCAGAGGCUCCAGCUGGGUAACUUGCUUUCUUUUCACGCAUUCGGCCGGACAGAGACAGAAGGCCAGCGUUGUUCAGUCCUGUGGCACUAGUUAG